AUGGACGUUUGGUUCACACGCCACUGCAACAGCACCAAGCACACCGGCGUGCGAGACACACAGGGCACGUGGGCGAGAGGCAGAGAGGCAGAAAACCUUAUGCUUCGAGAGCGGGUGGCCAUCCUGGCCGCAACGCUGCUCUUGUUGAAGUGUCACUCGAUGUCUGGGGGUGCCACUGGUGCAUUACCUGAUCAACAACAGCAUCGGCGACAUGUCCCGCACUACGGCUGCACUCCCCCACGAGCGCAGGACUUCGGAAGCCGGUACCCUCAGACAGGAAGGUUCGAGGCAUGGCACAAGAGGGGCCUUGUUUUGGACGAUGAGCCGGCGGGCGAGGAAUGGGAGGGAGCCGAUCGCGAGUGUUGGGGUGCCACCAUAGCAGCGAUAGUCGCUUCGGGAUCGACGCUUGCCCUUCAACGAACACUCAAGCCAGACGAACAGCAGUCUGCUUCCGCAGAAGGGUACGGACGACAACCACGACACUACCGACGGCGACGGCGGCGACGACAUCGUUACCACGGAAAAGACCGCGAUAACGACAGCGCCCCACGGUUUCGGCGUAUGCGGGCAGAGCUGUCUGCCAACCUGGACGCCUGGCGCAUGAGAAGACGACGUGCUAGAGAAACCACCCCGGCCGCGGCGAUAGUCAUACGGCAGCACCUCACCCAGCUGACAGCCCAGCUCUCGGAACUCACGGGCGAAGGGUUCCGCCGGGCAGAAAGACUCUUAUCGGCGGCCAAAGCCUCCGGCAAUGUCGGCAUCCGGAUCGCAGGCUGCGCAGAGUUAUUGCGUCGGCGCGGCCGGGAACUGUUUCUUCUCGGCCUGCGGAAAAAGCAAAACCCCGAUGGCUUGGGCGGAGAGGGGAAACUGGGGAAGGGUAAGGAAGGCGAGGCGGAGCGGAGAAAGAUGAGGGAGCUGCAGCUGCUCACCGACAAGAUCGUGCAGAACGUGGUGGACGUCGUUGCACGGGAUGGGUGGGAAGUGGUCGUUGAACGGGAAGGGGUAGUCGUGCACCGGCAGUACCUUGCGCUUGGCCCCGACGGCACGCCGGAGGCGCCGGCGGCGCCGGCGGCGCCGGCGCAGGCCGCGGGAGUUCCUAAGGCGGAGGCUUCUUCUGCUUUUGUAGGGGGGCGGGUCGAGGGCUCCGCCGAUGAUUCCGUGCCGGUAGGCGACGAUAGCGGCAAGUCCAAGCCCCCGCAGUUCGCGUGCGUGAAGGCGAGCGCCAUCCUCUCCGUUCCCCCGGAGGUGGUGUACCUGCUGUUCGCCGACAACUCAAGGGUGGGAGAGUACAACGAGCACUGCCGGGAGGUGAAGGACCUGGAGGUGUUAUCGCAAGACAGCAAGAUCACGUGGGCCGCCAGCGGGCGGAUGGGUCCCUUCAAGGCUCGAGACUUUUGCACGCUGGUUCAUUUCCGAACGCUUAGCGAUGGCACCUUGGCUCAGGUCUCGAAGCCGGUGGAGCAUCCGGCGGCCCCCCGCACCAGCCGCUACGUUCGGAGCGAGAUCCUCUUGGCCGGAAACUUCAUGCGACCGGUCCCGGGUGACCCUUCGCGGACCGAGUUUUUGAUGGUGACACACGUGAACCCAGGUGGCGCCGCAGAGACCAGAGCCGGCGCCAUGCUCGUAAACUCGUUGUGCACGAGCUCGCCGGUGACCUUCAUCCGCAGGCUGGAGGUGGCCGCAAAAAAGCUGAUGCUCGAGUUGCAACAGCAGCAGAAGAGAGCGCCUCAUGGGGCCGUAGGUGGG